AUGGCGACAGUUUGUAUAAACAUCAGCCAAAAGAGAGUCUUCUCCGCUGCUUCUGCACUCUUGUCAAAAGGGCAAAAUUCCAUACCCGCAGCAUACUAUCGCGGCGGCACAUCUCGUGCCUUACUCUUUCACAAGAAGGAUCUUCCCGCAGACAGAAAAGACUGGUCGCCCAUUUUCCUUGGCACUAUUGGGUCACCUGAUGUAAAUGGCAGACAACUCGAUGGCAUGGGUGGAGGGAUCUCUAGCCUCUCCAAGAUAUGCGUCGUUGCACCCUCGGACCGCACCGAUGCACAGGUCGAAUUCACCUUUGUCCAGGUCGGGGUGAAGAAUGACCGCGUCGAUUACGCUGGCAAUUGUGGGAAUAUGUCUAGUGCUAUUGGCCCCUUUGCGAUUGACUCUGGCUUGAUAAAUCCACCGCCCACGUCGCUGCCUAUAAUCGAUGGUCGCCUUCCUGAAACGACUGUUAGCUUGUACAACACCAACACGGGGAAGAUCAUCCAGGCCACUUUCCCCAUAACUAGUGAUGGCUUGGAGACAGUCUAUGACGGGGAUUUUGCUAUUGAUGGCGUGUCUGGAACAGCUGCUAAAAUCCAACUGGACUUCAUUAGCCCUGGUGGUUCGAAGACGGGGAAACUAUUGCCUACGGGCAACACCGUCGACAUGAUCGAUGGAUUUCAUGUUACAUGUAUAGAUGUGGGCAAUCCGUGUGUCUUCGUGAUGGCCGACGAACUCGGAGUGAGUGGUACUAUACUCCCGCAUGAGACUGACGAGCGACCCGACUUGCUGCAGAGAUUGGAGACUCUUCGAGUCCAAGCGGCUAUUGCAAUGGGAAUGGCAAGUGCGGAGAAAGAUGUGCCUCCAUCUAUUCCCAAGAUCUGUUUCGUGGCAAAGCCUGUAUCGCAUCGUAUAUUAUCGGGCGAGAAUUUGUCUGCAGAUGAGGUCGAUGUCGUUGUCCGAGCAAUUUCUACCGGUCAACCGCACAAGGCAUUGCCUAUUACAUCGGGACUGAGUGUCUCUGCAGCGGCAAAGCUCGAAGGCUCUGUUGUGCAUGAGUGUCUGUCAACCGCAGCGUCUAGCAAGAAUGAGCUUGUUGUCGGUCAUCCGAGUGGGAAAUUGGUCGUGGGAGCACACUAUAAUCCAGAGGGAGAGCUGGAAAAGUCCACUGUCUACCGCACUGCCCGGAGACUUAUGGAAGGGAAAGUAUUCUGGAAAUAA